CUGCCUCACUUUACUGCAGAGUAAUCAGAGAACCUCUCUCUCUCUCUCUCGCUCUCUCGCUCUCGUUCUCGCUCGGGAAAUAUGGCUUCAUUACUCUGGACUCUAUGUUUUGCUUUCUUGUUUCUGACCCAUGCCACACUGGCUGCUCCGCCAAGGAGGCCUGUGAAUGUACCAUUUUAUCGCAACUAUGUGCCUACAUGGGCUUUUGAUCACAUCAAAUACUUCAAUGGCGGUAAUGAGGUUCAGCUCGUUUUGGAUAAAUACACAGGUACUGGCUUUCAAUCCAAGGGCUCUUACUUGUUUGGUCACUUCAGCAUGGACAUAAAGUUGGUUCCAGGGGACUCUGCUGGAACCGUAACUGCCUUCUAUUUAUCUUCUCAAAACUCAGAGCAUGAUGAGAUAGACUUCGAGUUCCUGGGAAACAGGACAGGGCAGCCCUACAUUUUACAGACAAAUGUCUUCACAGGUGGAAAAGGAGACAGAGAACAGAGGAUCUAUCUCUGGUUUGAUCCAACCACAGAGUACCAUUCCUACUCGGUUCUAUGGAACAUGUAUCAGAUAGUAUUCUUUGUGGACGACGUUCCAAUCAGAGUAUUCAAGAACUGCAAGGAUCUGGGAGUGAGGUUCCCUUUCAACCAACCCAUGAAGAUAUAUUCAAGUCUGUGGAACGCAGAUGACUGGGCCACAAGGGGUGGUUUAGAGAAGACUGACUGGUCCAAGGCCCCAUUUGUGGCCUCCUACAGGAGCUUUCACAUCGACGGCUGUGAGGCGUCUGUAUAUGCAAAGUAUUGUGACACCCAAGGCAAGAGAUGGUGGGACCAGAGGGACUUCCAAGAUCUUGAUGGGUUUCAGUACAGAAGGCUUAAGUGGGUCCGUGACAAAUACACCAUCUACAACUACUGCACCGAUAGAGCGAGGUACCCUUCAAUGCCGCCUGAAUGCCAAAGGGACAGAGAUGUUUAAAAUAAAUUUAGGUUUUGGUACUAUAUAUGGAUAUGCAUUGUGGGGUUUCUUCUUUAAUUAUUCUCUGUUUUCAUCAUCAUCAUCAUCACCAGCUCCAUUAAUUAUAAUUAUGUUGUAAUUGUUUUUGUUAUGUUGGGUCCAAUAUGGUGAGUGGAGUAACAACUUGUAUUAUAGAAAAUGGGAUUCCAUCUUGGAUGCAAGAUGGGAAGGUGGCAGACCCUGUUUGAUGACUUUCUCUUCUUACUGUUAUUAUUAUUAUUGUUUCUUGUAAUGGAAAAAAAAAUAGAGAAAUUUGUCUUUAUAAAUUAAAUUUGAUGGGCCUGGGCCCUGAUGGCAUUAAGCAAUA